AUGGGUUAUAGCAGAGGGCGCGGAUGCAGUUGGUUUUCACUGGCCUGUUUCUGUUACUCCAAGGGCAGGAAUGAAGAGUCCCCUGUGGCUCUGCCGGUAUACGACUUACAUAACCAUCCAGACGUCCAAAUACGCGUGGUCCUGUUGGAGGUAUAA